GGGGCGCGCGGGGGCCGCGGGGGCGCGCCGGGGCCGCCAUGCCGCUGAAAGCCGUCAUCCUCAUCGGGGGCCCGCAGAAGGGGACCCGGUUCCGGCCGCUGUCCUUCGAGGUGCCCAAGCCGCUCUUCCCCGUGGCCGGCGUGCCCAUGGUGCAGCACCACAUCGAGGCCUGCGCCAAGGUGCCCGGCGUGAAGGAGAUCCUGCUGAUGGGCUUCUAUCAGCCCCACGAAGCUCUCAGCCGCUUCCUGGUGUCGGCGCAGCAGGAGUUCAAGAUCCCCAUCAGGUAUCUUCAGGAGUACGCAGCGCUGGGCACAGGUGGUGGCAUCUACCACUUCCGAGACCAGAUCCUGUCGGGUGGUGCUGACGCCUUCUUUGUCCUCAAUGCGGACGUGUGCUCGGAGUUCCCCUUGCAGGAGAUGCUGGAGUCCUGGCAGCGGCGUGGGGACAUGCACAGCUUUGUCAUUCUGGGUACCACAGCCAACAGGACACAGGCGCUGAAUUACGGCUGUAUCGUGGCAAACGCAGACACGCAGGAGGUCCAGCACUAUGUGGAGAAGCCCAGCACGUUUGUCAGUGAGAUCAUUAACUGCGGCAUCUACCUGUUCACACCUGCCAUCUUCCAGCACAUUGGUGAGGUCUUCCAGAGGAACCAGCAGGAGCUAAUGCUCUAUUCUUACCUUGGAGAGGAGAGCUCCAAUGGCUGGCAGCGUGCCGAAGUGAUCCGGCUGGAGCAGGACGUUUUCACAGCACUGGCUGGAAGCGGCAAACUCUAUGUCUACAAAACUGAUGGUUUCUGGAGCCAGAUCAAGUCAGCUGGCUCUGCUAUCUAUGCCAGCCGGCUUUACCUGAACCAGUACAGCAGGAGCCACCCAGAGAGGCUGGCCCAGAACAAACCUGGAGGCCCUAUCAUCCGAGGGAAUGUGUACAUCCACCCCACAGCCUCCAUUGACAGCACUGCAGUGCUGGGCCCCAAUGUCUCCAUUGGGGAGGGGGUGACGGUGGGAGCUGGUGUGCGUGUGCGGGAGUCCAUUGUCCUGCAUGGUGCCUCGCUCCACGACCACACCUGUGUCCUCAAUACCAUCGUGGGCUGGGACAGCACCAUUGGGCGCUGGGCCCGAGUUGAAGGAACACCCAGUGACCCCAACCCAAAUGAUCCCUAUGCUAAGAUUGACAGCGAGACCCUCUUCCGGGAUGGGCGUCUCACGCCAUCCAUCACAAUCCUGGGAUGCAGUGUCACCAUCCCUGCUGAGGUUGUUAUUCUCAACUCCAUCGUCCUUCCUCACAAGGAGCUGAGCCGCAGCUACAAGAACCAGAUUAUCCUCAAGAGCCUAUGCUGGGGCUUCACCUCCUGGGAGGUUCCUAGCACCCCCAGAGGGAUAGAUGCAGGCCAGGAGCCCUGCAAGUGCCUGACUUCUACUCCAGACAGACAUUAAAGCCUGGUGAGCAUCAGCCUUGCAUGCUCCUUCUCUUGCAGCCCCAGGCCAAACCCUGGGGCAGGGUGAAGGCUCUGGGGACAGCACGUAGCCCUUGGACUGGCCUGUGUGUCUGUGCAGGGAGGCUGUCGAGGGAGCACGUACUGCCUGCAGCAUCUCAGAUCCUGAGCUUUGGGUCUUUUUCCACCGAAGGGCACUACCAGCACAGUCUUGCCACCCUUCACCAUGUUCUCCCUGCUCUGCAGAAGGUGCUGUCUGCAACACCCUGGUAGGUCUUGGCCCAGCUUGGAGUCUGGGGAGGUUUGAAACUGCCUGUCCCACUCCCUGCAGGGGCUGGCUGCAAUUAUUCCAAUUUUAGCAGUUUGAUUGCAACAGCCUGAGCUGGGCUCCUGCCUGCUGCUUGGAAAACAGAGCAUCAGCAGGCUCUCCUAAGGGCACUGGCACAGGAGGGCUGGGUUGGACAGGGAGGCUGCUGGCCCUGGAGGGAGCUGCAGAAACACCCCUUACCCCAGCACCCUUUCCAUCCCCAAGGGCUCAGAAUGAGCUACUAGAGCUGCCAGCCAUGCCCAGCCUGCUCCUGUCAGGAUGGGACCUGCACAGGCUGCCUAGGUAGGGCUCAGGGUGAUGGCAGCAGGCCCCUGCCACCCUGGUGGGCCAACAGCCUCCUCUGCACCAGCAUGGCUGUAGCUUAGGGGGGCUUGCUGCAUGUCUCCUCUCUCACCAGUCACGUCCACACGGCACCAGCACAAUCAACUGAGUGCCUGUGGCAGAGAUCUGUUGCCUCGCGGUGUCUCAAAAAACCCUGCUUUUAUUGAAGGCAGCUCCCUGCUGAUCCUGACACGCUCUGUCUACAUUAACCAACACUGUUCUUUAUCCACUUACCUCCCUGUUUUCUCCUCUGUUUUUGGAGCUCUGUGGUAAAGCCCCCACGCUCUGCCGAGGGCCCCUUCAUGCCUUCCCUCCCACAUUCAGAGAGGCACCACAUUAGGGAUUCUCCAUCCAUCCAGUACCACCCCAGCUCGAUGGAUUUGCAGUAAAUCCUUGCUCCAAGGCCUGUGCCUUCCCGUUCCAGUUCUCCUGUAGUCCUGGGCGGGGAUUAGCUGUUCCCUGGCUUUAAGGACAUUAAACUCCUUCAGUUUUGCCUCUGC